GGUUACAAAAGAAAAAUACUUAAGCCAGUCCCCAGUGAUGGAUUCUGCAUCUCCAAUAGCAACAACAACAAUACCACUAUCAGCAGUUGCACAGUCAACUGAAGCAGAAUCUGGAAGCGCGACUACCGCAGAAGAAACUAUGGCAGUAGUUACACACAAUAACAAUGGUCACAUUGUGGAGAAUCAAACUUCGAACACAAUAUUGAAGAAUGGUAGCGGAGACAAGGAUGAAUAUUUGCAAAAUCCAAACUCUCCCAAAAACAGUCUCCUAAAGGAGGAAUCUAAACAAAGCUGUAAAGAUGGCGAAAGGGUGGUGGAUGAUGACGAUACCAAUGAACUAGAUGAUCUGGACGAUGAUGAGAUAGAUGAAGAUUUGCUUAGCUUGGACAGCUACUAUUCAGACAUGUACUCCACGCACACUUCAUCUAGCUAUUCACCUUCCAUCUCAGAUGGUACUCUAACACCGAAUUCACUGCAUCAUCACCAACAUUUGACUUUACCAUCGCAUUUGGCCUUUGGCUCCUCCGGCUACGACGACGAGACAUUGUUGCAGACGCACCAGCAUCUGCAUAGACUAAAAGCUAAUGGUGCCGUAGAUGGCACUGAAUAUGAUGACGAGGAUGAAAACAACAUAAGGACUGCAAAGAAUGACACAAAUCCUGACGCCGGAGAGAACACUGAAAACAAUGAUUGCACAGCCACAGCGACCAAUGUAGCGGAAGGUGAAGGUGGACAACAACAACAACAGCAGCAACAUCACCAACGUCAACACCACCAUCACCAUCAUCAUCCAGGGCAGCAUCUUAAGCGUAAUGGCCGUCACCAUCGCUAUGCAGAACAUGCCCUGAGAAUUCCUUCAAAAUUACGCAAAGUCGAAAGGGAUUCGGCUAUGGGCACCGGCAGUGCCACAAAUGCACUCAAGUUUAAUAAGCUGACAGGAGAUGGCGUUAAGAGCGCAAACAAUAUCGCAAGUGCUGGUGCCGACGGAUCCUAUCAAUGUCAGUUCUGUGAUAAAUCAUUUCCGCGUCUUGGUUAUCUAAAAAAGCAUGAGCAGAGCCAUGCCGAACACUUGCCAUUUAAAUGCGACUACUGUGCCCGUCUCUUCAAGCACAAAAGGUCGCGAGAUCGUCACACCAAAUUGCAUACCGGAGAUCGACGGUAUCGAUGCCCCCAUUGCGAGGCGGCUUUCUCCAGAAGUGACCAUCUGAAGAUUCACAUGAAGACCCACGAUAACCAAAAACCAUUCCAGUGUACAAUAUGUAAUCGAGGUUAUAACACGGCGGCGGCCUUGACGUCGCACAUGCAAAACCAUAAAAAGCAAGCGGCACUCCUAGCGGCAGGUGGAAAUCCCCAGGCUCUUAACUACAGUCCUCGAUCGACGGGAUCGGCUUCCAGUAAUAGCAGCUUGCAAAAGCGGCGUUAUGCCCUGUCGUUGGGAAGCGAGCACAGCCCUAGUCGCCUGGAAUUCAACAAGCGCGGAAGAUCAUCAUCAUCGAAUCUGUUAAAAUGUACAUUUUGCUCAAAAUCGGAUUUCACCACAGUGGAACAGUUGAAUAGUCAUCUGCAGGCGCAACAUGAAAAAGAAUUGGCCCAUUCCAUGACACCGCCAACUCCGACCAAUGUGCCAUCCACGGACGCACCAAACUUUCAGAUGACAUGUGAAUACUGUACCAUGAAAUUUGCCAAUAUUGCCGCCAUGUUCCAACACAUGCGAUCGGCGCAUGUUGACCGUCUUACAAGUCCCAAUUCGUAUUUCGAACAUUUCAAUCGGCUGGCGGCUUGUGGAACUUUUAGUCCGCGCCUAUUAACUGGACAGCCUUUGCGUAGCACCGCCAGCGCUGAUGAGAAUAGCAUUAAGGAAGAGUCAACUCUGGCAAGUCCAAAGUCGUUGGAUGCCAGCGUUCGACAAAGUGAAGACGAACCCACAGACCUUAGCCAAAACAAUCGCAGGUCGCUAACGCCGUCCAGAACACCACAGAAAUCACCACAAGAUACAGCGAUGGCUGACAAACCAGGGGUAUUCCUUUGCAAUCAGUGCAAUGCCGGAUUGCCCGACUUUGAAUCCUUCCGCAAUCAUUUGAAAUCUCACAUAGCACAGGGCUUGAAUAUGGUCUGCCACCACUGCGGCCUCAUGCUUAGAGAGCAAUCGGAGUACGAGAGACACAUCAUCUCCCAUUUUCUAAUUACGAAUUCCGAAUACAAUUGCUCGACAAGCUGUCAGAAGUCAUUUGGGAAGCCCGAAGAGCUUCAGAAACAUCUUAUGGAGCAGCAUGCCACAACAAUGUAUAAAUGUGGCCUCUGUAGUGAAAUGUUUGAAACGAAAGUGGCUAUUCAGGUUCAUUUUGCCUGUACUCAUUCGGCGGAGACCAAACUAUUUCGUUGUUCCGCUUGUAUGGAUGUUUUUCGCGCAGAAAGUGACUUUAAUGUUCAUGUUAAAACCCGACAUCAGACCGUGAACAACAAUACCUCACCGGUGAAUUCCUUGCAAUGCAUGUUCUGCAGAACUGUGUGUUCCUCCGAUUUGGAAAUGCAGUUCCACUUGGCCGCCCACGCUCGGCAGUUCCGGUGCCCUUCAUGCCCAGAAACUUUCCAUGUGGAGUUUCUACUUGAUCGCCAUAUGCAAACUCAUCACGCCGGCAUCGAGCGCCCUGCCCCAGUGCAAAAAGAGGCCUUUAACGAACAUUCGCCGCCUAUGAGUAAUAACGCCAUUGGUCCCAUGAACUCGUUGUAUGUGAACGCUCUCUUCGGAAAGGGGCCCCUUAUGCCGCUGAAUGCUCAGAAUAAUAACAACAGUAUACUAGAUUACAACAUGGCGUUUGCGUCACACUUAAAUAAGGGACUUUUUCCCAAUGCGGCUGCCAAUAAGUUUUACAAUCCGCUACAAAUCGAUACAAAUGCUAUGAAGCAUUCCGCAUUAAUGUAUGGACUAUCGCAGCGAUAUUUUGACACAAAUCGCACAGUCAUGGAAAUGUACCAGCAACAACAGCAGCAGCAACAACAUCACCAUCAGGAUAAUACCAAAUCUAGCAACAAUUACUUUAUCAGCCCAAAGCAACCAACAGCCACGCCCCACUUGCCGCAGGAAAGUCACGUUCGUAGUGAAGUAACAACUUCACCCUCCACCGGAUUCAGUUGCGGCAUAUGUGAGCGCAAUGAUUUCCGCACAGAGUCUGAAGUCCAUUCUCAUCGCAAAAUUGUGCACAACCUCAAGACCGGAGUAAGUCUUAAAUGUGCUUACUGUUCGGGAAAUUUCAAGUCGCGAAGCGAACUAGAGCACCACAUGAAGACUUGCCAUAAUUCUACUGGAAAACACAAAUGUUUGAUAUGCGACGAAAUAUUCCCUUCGCCCGCUAUAUUGGCGGAGCACAAAUUGCAACAUUCAAAGGUUGGCCAAUCGGGUCGGUGUUCUCAUUGCUCCAAGCCACUAGCCGAUGUGAGUGCAUUCAAAACUCAUCUCUCUGAACACAACACCGAGGGACAAAUGCCCGUCCAGUGCAUAUGUUGCCGCCAAUCUUUGCAUUCCGAAUUCGAGAUAAGUCUCCAUGCCAAGUUCCAUGUGAAGACCUCCUCUGUGACCGAAAAUGUUUGCGCCCUUUGUCUGGAACCAAUCUCCAGUUCACCUUCGGAAGCCAAAGUAUGCGAAAAAUGUUGUCGAAAACACAAUCUCAACAAUAAAUUCAAACAGCAGCGAGAACACUAUGAUAGACCAAAUGCCGAUCAAAGACAGUACAUAGCCAAUCGUUGUAAUCUCUGCAAAAUGGUUCUGCCGCAUCCGCAAAAGUUACAGGAACACUUAGUAGAACACACCUUUGUUGGCUGCGAAGAUCGCGGCUUCAACUGUUACAUCUGCUCCUCCGUCUUCACGGCUCCUGGUGGUCUUCUAAAUCACAUGCUGGAACAUGGCAUCAACUCCAAGCCCUAUGACUGUAACCUUUGUCCCGAGAAGUUCUAUUUCCGCGCAGAGUUAGACCAUCAUCUUAUCGACCACGAUCUGCGAGAAUCCUCCUCUCUGAAAAAUGAAAGCGAUCCCCAUACUCCAAAAGCAGAGCACCAGGUCACUGUGGACGAGACCAACAGUGCCGAUGGCAUGAGGCUGUCAGAACAGCCCCAUCUCUUGAACGAAGUCAAACAGGAAAUUGUGGAAGGCGAUAAUCACAAUCAUCCGGAGGACGAUGAGUAUAUCGAAGUGGAAAAGUUGCAUGACAACAACAACCAGGUGUCAUCCAAUGCCGAAGUAAAGGACAAGGCCAAGGAAAGCACCGAAACAACCCGGACGGAAAAGGGCAUCUGAAUGCCACCACUGCUAUGCCAGUCUGCUUUUAAAAGACAACUAUGAAUAGUAUUACAAUUGAUCGUCAUAUUGCUUUAGCAUUUACGUAGAUUUUUUUUAACGGGCUGUUCACAUUUGAAAAUUAUUUGCAUACAAUUCGCCAAAUGGCUUCCAAAUAUAAGCUCCACAAUAUUUUACAAAUAAUCUUUUCCCAAGUGUGAAUAUCCAGUAAGAUGUAACCCUAGGAAAUGCCCAACUUUAUAUAGACUAUAAGCACCCAAAGUAUUAGCGAUGCAUUUCAAAAACUUCAGUAUUCACUCCUAAGUAUAUCUAUUACUACCGAUUAUUAGCUCGUCGUCGUAUUCCGUAUACACUCAAACUCACAUACCUAUAGGAACCAACAUAGCAUGCAUACACACAUAUAUACGUACAUACAUAUAUAGGCAAACAUAUAAAAAUAUUUAUUUAUUACUAGUAAAUAGUUAUGACAGUAUUAUUGUGAUAAGAAUAGGAUGUCGGACAUUGUUCGCUUUGUUUUCUUUUUAUGUUUGAAAAUUGUUAUUGGAUUGGGCACGAAACAUGAAACCCAAACGGAUUAUUCAUAUGUUUCAAUUGCGACCGUUUAAAUUUGUACAAUUAAUUUUGGUUUUUAAUGUAAGUAAUUUACUACACAACUGAACAAAAAAAUACACUUGAAUGCAUUCAACGUAGAAAAGUACAUGUACAUAUACGUACGAUAUAUAUUUAUAUGUACAUAUAAACAGACAUGAUGGUAGUUAUACACAAACACGUACAUAUACAUCAAAAUAUACAUACAUAUAUAUCAACCAACAAAAUCCCAUACACUCAUACAAGGAUAAACUCAUUUUAUUAAGCACUCUCUGUAAUUAAAUAUCAACAGCAUUUUUUGAAAAAUAAAGUUUA